AUGGAAGCUGAAGAUACAAUUACUUAUGGUAGUACCAAGCUCCCAAUCGAGAUUAUUUUGUUGAUAGUCGAGAGUCUGGUCCUUCAGAAUGAUGCAGCACGACCAAUCCUCCCCGCAUCACAUCCUACUACAAGAUUGCUCGUAUCUUUGACGAGGGUUUCCAGAGAAAUAUAUCCCACUGCUUGCAAACUCAUCUGGCAAAACUGUCUCUAUAUUGACAGAAAGUCAAAACUCCGCAGGUUCAGACGAUACAUCUCUCAGAAAAGCCCUAUCACUGGGCGGUUACCUUGUGAAGCCUAUGGCUCAGCGAGACUAUAUCUCAACCCAUUGCAUUACAAGUUUGAUACGGCUUCUACUUAUGAGACAAAUUCCCCGUCGACUCGUCGUGAUAACGGGGUUUCUGGUCGUAUCAACGACGGCUCGGACAGUGACGUGGCAAGCGAGCAUAGUGAUGAAUGGACCGAUGGAUCACAAACUAGCAGUUAUCGCGCAGCACCCGACCCGUCUCGGUCAAGAUCUCCUGUAGAUGAUGGGUAUUCUCAAUAUUCAACGCACAACUGGAGAGACGCACCAAUGCAGGACCUUCGAACUAUUUAUAUUCUUGAAGAAGUUCUCGUCACUCUUGCACCAGUCCUCAAGACUCUCAUCGUGGAUAUGCCCUUACGGGAUUUAGACCCUUCAGAAGACUUAGUCAUUUUAAAGCCCCUCAGACAGGGAUUUGAGGCUCUGGUCAAUGUCGAAGAGCUCAUCAGCGUUAAAGACGAAUUAUACCUUGGCGAGACUGGCAUUAUGCAACCUCAAGCCUUUACCAAAUGGCCGAAACUUCGACGCUUAUACCUGUAUAACGUCAUGAUGGAGGAGCAAUUGUUGAAAGAUAUGGCCUCGUGUCCACAAUUGGAAUCAGCUGUCUUCAUAAGGCCUGAUCCGUCUGAUGAUGAUCUCUCAAAUGAUGAUAUUAAAGGAGGAUGGGCGAGGGCAUGGGCCGCAGCAAACCCUCGAAACAGGAAACAUGACGGUCUAGUAUAUGAAGGGCCCAAGAUGACAAUAGCUAUCUGCAACUGGCCGCCUUACCUACCCGACUUCAGCGGUAUGAUACCUCACUGGCAAGAGGUUGACCCUGACAAUAAAAUCAACGUUCUGAAUGUGGCUACACAUGCAAGAUAUGAUAGAAAAUCAAGGAAAAGGGGACCCAUUGCCUCAUGCCAGGAUUGGAUCAGGGAUCACGCUUUGAGUGGUACGAUGUGGAGUGAAGUUGAGACCAAGGGCCAGCCUGUAGCUGCGCCAGUGGUGUUUGAGGAGGGUCAGGUUGAAGAAGAUGAUGAUGAAUGGGUUGAUGAUGAUCAUGGUGCGGACUGGAGUGACGACGAUGACGAUUCAUGGAUGUGA